GUCGAAUAUGAUUCCAUCUACUCCUCCCUAAAUAUUUGCUUUGACUUUGUUGUUUGAAAAGCGGACUUGGGUGUUGGAAAUGGAGGGGGGUGGCACUGGUGUGUUUUAUCAGGCCAUGCCAGCCGUGGGGCCGGAUGGAAAAAAUGUAAUGAAACUGAUCCCUGUACAGAAAGUCAAUGGACAGUACAUUCCCAUGCAGACAUCCUAUGGAAAAACAAAUUUGCCAGUAGGACCUCAGUCACCACAACCCAUCCACCUUGCCCCGCCCCCAAGUACUUAUAAUAAGCUGCCUGUUGUUGAACCCACUUCUGAUGGCAGGUAUAUUUUAAAAGGCCCAGCUAGUGCAAAUGUUGGACUGAAAAGUCAACAGAAGCUGCCUUCACCAAGAGAUGUGGUGGGGCAGAUGCGCUUGCCAGCCCUACCUCCUCAACGGACCCAAAGUACCACGGUGCCUGUGCCCGUGCCUGUGACAAAGGGUGGAGCAAAAACUGUGACGUCACCAAUGACAACACAGCUACCGGUAACGGUGCGUUCACCCAGGCUGCCAAAUGGGCAUUACCUCCAGAUCCCUCCAGAUGCCAGAAUUCAAACCUUACCAGCCUCAGCUCUCCCACAGUCCAUAAAGAGGCGAAUAUGGGACUUGCCACAGGGCAGCUCGCCAGUGGACAAUUCAUCCACAGUUGUGUAUGUUUCUCCGGUCAAUUCGAUGACAAUGGGCACCCCAACCAUGCAUAAUGACCAUAACCCUCCUGUAACGCAAAACCAACCAACACUCAGACCAUCAACACACGCUGCCACUGUGGCUGGUCCUGCAGCCUCUCUGGCAAGUCCUUCUGUAAGUUCACGUCUCCUAGGUAGUGAAAGCAGCGCACCAAUGAAGUGGGUGGUUCAGCAAAAAGAUCAGUCCAGUGCACCGUGCCUCGUACCAGCCUCUUCGACGUACAUGGCGGCCGAAAUUUUGAAGGCUGUGGCACAGAGAGAAAAGAAGUCCUUGCAGGCACCCAAGCCCUCGUCAUCUCAAAGUCGGGAGAUCAUAAACCCUGGUAAAGAAGACGCUCUUGUCAUGUGCAAUGGUAGAGUUUAUUUUGUGACCAACAAAGACAACAGGCUAUGUGGGCCAGCCCAGGAAAAUCCCCCUACAGCCAAAGAGUCCCCAAGUCCUAGAAAACAAACUGUGUCUCCCAACGCAAGAUCAAAUGCAAGAGUGAUCUCGAUCACUGAUCAGCGAUCUCAGCCUAUCUGCAUAGAGGAUGAUCCGAAAGAUGAUGUCAUUGAUCUUUGUGAUGAUGACCCACUGACUGAGGGGACUUCUGGGGAUAGUGUGGCGACUCCUGGGCCUGCAGUCACCAAGACAACCAGAGUGACACCUGAGGAGGAGGAGGAGGAUGACUCCACAGUCAUUUUUGUGUCCUACAUUCCACCCAAGACAAGCACGGCAAGUAAUCCAAAAGAUGCACCAAGUGAAACUGGUGCGGCUAAACCAAGUCCACACAAGACGGUUGCUGUGUCCCACAUUCCAUCCAAAACGUACACUCCAAAUAGUCCAAAAGAAUCACUCAGUGAAACUAGCAGUGUUAAGCCAAACCCCCUCAAGGCGGUUGUUAUGUCAUGUGUUCCACCCAAGACGAGCAUCACAAGUAAUCCAAAAGAUGCACCAACUGAAGCUAGUGGGGUCAAGUCAAGUCCGCUCAAGAUGGUUGUUGUGUCCCAUGUUUCACCGAAGACGAGCCAUGCAAGUCAUACAAAAGAGGCACAGAGUGAAAUUGCUGGAGUCAAGUCAAAUCCUCUCAAUCCAGUUGGUGUGUCGAGCAGUGCAAGUAGUCCAAAAGAUACACAGAGUCCGCUCAAGCAAGGUGGUGACAUUGGCAAAGUAACUAAUCAAGUCUGCAAACAACUUGAAACAUGUUCCAGUCCCAAGCAGACAGAAAGCCACCAGGGCCUGCUAAAUGACACAGCAGUGCCUGAGAGAAUGAGCAGAAUAGAUUUAACCAUCGAGGAACCUGCACAGCGAGAACCGGAAGAGCAUAUUAAUGCAGCACAACCUGUUGCCACGUGCGAAGGAGAACUGAGACAUAUAGCAAAUAAUCCCGGAAACGAUGCCGAGAUGAAAGAUGAUCAGAAUUCAGGACAAAGAGUGGAUCUUCAAACUGGUUUGGAUAUAGUAGCAAAGGACAGCCCACUUAAAUCAACACCGGUUUCAGAGCCUGAGAGGGAGUUGUCAUCUGCCAAAAUGGAAUCAAAAAACACUCAGAAGGAACUCAUUGAUGAGGUGCAGAACACAGAAAAUACAAGAGAAGCUGUGCAAGUACUGAGUGGGAUUGCAACAGCUUGUCUUUCUCAGGAUGGAGUGGACCUGCGAGACCAGCAUAAGAAUGACAGUAAAAUGAGGCAGCUCUUUGGAAUCACAAAAGAUGUCAAAGUCUGUCUGCCAAGGACUCCAUCACCAAAUAAAGAAGCACCCUCAGAGAUCAGAUCAAUUAACAAGCGGACAUUAGAGGGAAUACGCAAAUUAAUUCAGGGUUCUCAAAUGGAGAUCAAGGCAAAAAAAAUAAUAGAGGCACAGGUUCAGAUAUCCAGUGAUGCAAAACGAAAGAAGGUUGAUUCUCCCACAGAACCUUCUGAGAUACCCAGCCAGCCUGAAGUCACCGUCCAGCCUCCCACGUCACCCAAGUGUGGACUGUCGAGCAGCCUCCAGAGCAAGAAGAUUUCUCCCACCCUGGAGUCCCCCGUUCAGAACAAGGUGCCUUCUGCAAGCAGUGCUGGAGAAUCGUCUGACACGACGGAUGACACAGACACACUUCAAGAUGCCUGUAGUGAAAGACUACCCUCAAGCAACUUGUCGCACAGGAUACAGGAGAGUCCAGGGGAGUCCCAACCACCCCUUGCUGGAUCUUGUAAUAUCCAAAUGGACAUCAGUAGCCAAGAUGUGCCGAUGUCAGAAAGGACUGACUUUCAAUCAGGACAAGCCUUAAAUCAAGGAGAACCUUCACAGCUGGGAAAGGAGCCGUCUCUCAGUGCCUCUGUGGACAGCCAAAAUGUCACGACAAAUACAAACUCAACGCUUGACGAGAAACUUUUCUAUACACAGCCUAUGGAACCUGAGGAGAUAAAACAGUGUGAAAAAAUUAAACGUUUAAAAGAACUUCUUAAGCAGAAAGAGGCUGCCCUUGAGGCAAUGAGAAGAAAAAUGAGCAUGUAAUACUAAUUAAUUACAUUGUACAUGCUGUAGGCUUUAUAUCAAAUAUAAAAUGCAGAUGCUGUUACAUCUGGGUGUGGUUGUAACAAUACCUAAUGUACAUUGUAUUUUCUACUGUUCCCUUUGGAAAUGCAUUACUUGUUUGUAAAUAUUUUAUAUUUAUUUAAGGAAUGCACAGAGUGCUCUGAGGUGAACAUGCUCGGUGAACUUUCACUCUAAGAAUGUACCAUUUUUUUACCCAGCUAAGGAAAUACUUCUUAUUUAAUCUAAUUUAGGAGACCUUGACUUAAGGUUUGUUUUUGUUAGUUUGUUCAGGCUAUUGGCCUUUCGUCUAACAAAUAAUAAAACAUCUUUGGAUUAAAAACCUUUGCCAUGCCAAUAUUUUGCC